UCAAAAUGUCAAUCGCCUUCAAUCAGCUGUCGAUUUUUUAUUGAAGACAGAUAAUUUAUUUGUUGUUGAAUUUUAACAGAAUGUGUGGAUAAAUGUGUGUUGUAAUUUGUGAAACGUGUUUUGUAAAUCAGCCACGGUGGUGUUAGUAGUGUGCGGCGGGCGAUGGCGGUGGGCUGGGAGUGAGGGUGGGCGCGGGCGAGGCUCGCAGUUGGAGCCCCAGGGUCAGGCAUGCAGCGGCAUGGCGGGCGAGGCUGCGGGCACGUCGCGCGGCCUCCGCGUCUACAAGAUUGUGGUUCUCGGCGACGGGGGAGUCGGCAAGUCCGCGGUCACGCUGCAAUUCGUCAGUCACAGUUUCUUGGAUUACCAUGACCCUACUAUAGAGGAUUCGUAUCAGCAGCAAGCCGUAAUUGACGGAGAACCUGCUUUAUUGGAUAUAUUGGACACAGCAGGACAGGUGGAGUUCACAGCCAUGAGAGAACAAUACAUGAGGUGUGGCGAAGGCUUCGUCCUUUGCUAUUCAGUGACGGACCGGCGGUCGUUCCGGGCUGCGGCGGAGUAUAGGAGGCUGCUGGCCCAAGCGCGGCCGUCGGAGAGGCUCCCGUUAGUUCUCGUUGGAAACAAGCUGGAUCUGGCCCCACGGUUCAGACAAGUGAGCACAGAAGAAGGCAAAGCCCUGGCAACGCAACUGGGCUGCCCGUUCUUCGAGACGUCGGCGGCGCUGCGCCACUUCGUCGACGACGCCUUCCACGCGCUUGUGCGUGAGAUACGCCGCCUCGAGAGGCAGAGACAGUCGUCGAUAAUGGGCACGGGCAUCUCGACUGGCGGCGGGCGGCGGCGCUGGCGGCGCCUGCGCAGCAUCUUCGCCCUGGUGUUCCGGCGCCGGCGCCGCCCGGAGCCCUAGCGCGAGGCGGCGCCGGCGCCCUGGGCCACGGCGCCGGAGCCCAAGCUGUCCCUCAUCUGCCACAGGAACCCGGAACCUUGAGCCACCACGAAGGCGACUCGAUUUGUAAGUGAGAUUUCAUUUUUAGUACAAAGGAUUAAGGACAGUGCGACGAUGCUUCGGAUUCGGAAAUAUGGAGAACUUUAGUCGCUGAUGGAUCUAAACAGGCGCUGCGAUUCGAUGCCGUUUAAUUUUAAAUGUUCGACAGAUUCCGAUAUAUUUUGAGAUGUAAUAUCUUGACGUGAAAGCCAAAAUAUGUGUUCCUAACAUGUACUAGUGAGAUUUCGAUACGUUCGGUCGGGUGCUCGUACAAGAUCGUCCUUAUGUCCUUCCCCUGUCUACCUCACGUUGAUGUUUUUAAUUGUCUAUUUACUUGAAUUUGUGUCCAUGUUUUUCCAAAUGUGUUCGUAUUAUUGAGAUGUGGAUUUCGUAUUGUGCUAGGUGAGAAUAAUAGUACUAUGAUGUAAGAUUUGCAAGUGGAGACAUGCAGUCAAGUUGUGACAAACAACUUUGUAGUCCCAUGCUAUAGUCUGGUCCGUGAGCACGUAGAAUUUUGUCCAAUGACCAUACAACCCUAUAGACCAACAUAUAAUUAUGUUGCUAUCGCGCUCGCACACUCACUGCGGGCGCCCGUCGCACAGUCGCGACAGCAAUAUAAUUACGCGCGAGCGAUAAGGAUGGGUAGCUAGGGGUCAUUGGACAAAAUUCUACGUGCUCACGGACCGGGCAUUAUACGCGUGUCUUAGAUUUGGUAUCCUGAUUUAGGAAAGCGCGUGGUACUGAGGACUGAGUAAGCCCUGCCUAAACUUGCAAAAUAAGUUAACCUCGCUUUUUUCGUGCAUUUAACAACCACCUUAUUAUUUUAAUAUUGAACCUUGGUCCUCUACGUCUUAGUAUACCCCCUUAAAUAAGUAUUUGUUACUAGUUUAGCUUAGUAUUUCAUCUUUAAACCUGUUAGUUAGCUAGUCUGUAUCGUUUAUGAAACUGGUUUUUGUUUAUGCCAAGAUUUUAUGAUACUGUUAUGAUCCAUGUUAAAUUAUUUUAUUGAUUAGUUCAUAAUUUUAAUGUUUAUUAAUUGAAUUGAUCCAAUUUUAUGUACUUAAAAUCCUGAACUGAUAUUUCAUACAGAGAUGUAUUUAUUAUUAAAAUAAUUUAAUUAUACACCCAAUCUCUGUGGAGAGUUUAUGACAACCAUCUCUUCACAGGGCCAAAUUGUGCAGAAUUUUAUUGUAUUGAUUAUACAGAUAAAUGAUGAUUAUACAUUAUAUUAUUAUUGUGAUGCCACACGUUGUGAGAUAUCCGUUACUAUAUUUUUUAUGUAAUUUUACUGGAGUACACGAUGUAGUUACAGGAUGUGUUUACGCUAGAGUGCAGGCCUCGAGCGGCUUGAAGCUUGUGUCUUCCGCGACAUGGAACCCGUAAAAGCAAUAAAUAACUAUAGAGAUGUUUAAAACGAAUUACGCUAUAUGUUGAGCCAUUGAUUAUUGUUUAAUUUAGAGUUUAAAUGUUUAGCAUAUUAUACACAGUCUAGAUUAUAUAGUAUUAUAGUGUCAUGUAUCCGUUCGUUGGAUCACGUAUAGAGGACCUUGUAGAGAUUCCAUGUAGGUGUAUAAUAAAGCCAUACAUUCGCGAUUCGUUAACCAAAGUGUAAUUCCAAUAAGUUAUCGUUGCGUUCGAGUUUGGUGUUUAUUUGUAACGGCGUUAUUAACCUUGAAGUACAAUUAAGUAAUGUAAGUGAGAUAUAUCGAGCUCCUCGUUUAAUCUGUGUGACAGAUACAGCAAUAAGUAUAUAGAGUAAAGAAGUAUAUUUAUAUGGAAGUGUAUUAAUCGGUGUAUGUAUUGGUACCUUAGUGUCGUGGGGUGAGGUGUGACGUGUAUAAUGUUAGGUCGAUACGCACAAAUUUUUAAUGUAGAGUACGAGUGGUCGUUCGUUUACUGAUUGCGGGCGAGUGUCUCCUCUUGUUCGUGGACAUACAUUCCAUAAACACGUCGCGAUUAAGACCCGUAUUAUGAAAUGAGUCUCUAAUAAGUAUAAGGCUACAUUCAGAAAAUAUUCAAUUCUGUAAUUGGUCUUGAUAUUGAAAUUUGAGCAAACUAAAUUUUUCAGUUCCUGGCGUUUGCGCCAAUUUCAGCAAAAAUACUGAAGGGAUUUGUCAAAGUACCAUUCGUGACUAUUUUAAUUUCGAAAUCGCUUCACAGAGCGAAGUAACUAGAACUAGGUACAUACAAAAAUGCUGGAGCGAAGCGAUUUCGGAAUUACAAUUUCCAUGUUUGUAACUUUGUCUAGAGGGCAUCCAUGAAUUUUUGGGACACCGCGACAUUUUGCAAUAGAGAUGAGACACUUCCCCGCGACAUUAUUACAGCAGCUGGGCGUAUGUCAACAGCAGUCGCCCAGCGCAUGAGUCAGUGUCAAACUAGGGUAUUUGAUCCUUUUGAAGUAUUUUUAAGGAACCUGAGCUUUGCCGCGUGGCGUUUAACGCCUACAUCAUACCUAACAACAGUCAAUAAUAUAAUUUGGACCUUAUUGAUAACUGCAUUAAGUACUAAAAGAUUUGCAUUUUGAGCAAUAGAGACUUUUAUAUCCGUCAUUUAAUUAUAGAUUUCAACACAUGAAACUGUAUUUCUGACGGUCAGAUAUAAAAGUGUCCAUAAUACUGCGUGAUUGUAAUAGAUUUGACUAAUUUACUAAAACAAACGUGUCACCAAUAGGUUCUAAAAUCUAGUCAUUAUUUCGUAUAGAUUAGUAGAUGUUUGUCUUAAUAUUAACCUGAUGUGGGUCCGACUAGAAGAGCGAAACGAUAAAUAUCUUAGCAUUCUCUCUCAUAGUUACUAUUUUUACUUAGGGUCUAAUUCAUCUUGUAAGUAGGAUACCGAAAAAUGUGUUUUAUAAAUAUUGGCGCUUAAGUCGUAGGUACUUCUUUUUUUGUAAAAAAUCUUAGUAAUAUUUAUUGCACAUAAUAUUCCCGUUAACCCCUCCAGCUAAGCUAAAUACAUGCUUGUGUUAGGAGUGGGAUCACCACAAUAGUCCAGCGGACAGCGGACUUCUCGAAUCGGCAGUCUGACACUGACACCUUUGGGCUUUUGACACCAUAAUUCUUCCUACUGUAUUGUAAUCACUCAAUUAUUAUUUUUUCUAAAAUUUUUAGUUUUUUUGUUAAUUUCCAAAAUCACUGUUUCUAUAUUUUGUGCGUCAUUUAAUAUUUAUUUGUUAACACGUGCUUAGCGUCCAUUUUAUAAAACAUACUAUCUAGUGGCCAUCGUAUUAACUACCGUAUUUAUUAGUGUUGUAAGAUUGACAAUAAGUUUAUCACGAUGUAAGUUUACAUUUCCCGUUAUCGUUUCGUUUUUGCUAGUGAUGUCGAAGCGUUAUAGCGAUAACAUUGUGUGUACCUAGUAUUAGUGUUAUUCGGAACCAAUCCUCGUUGUUUAUUAGGAAUGAGUUGAUAUGAGUUCUGUGACCAAGUUAUAGAUAAAAGGCCUAAGUUGCAUAGUGAGACGGCUGAGAGAUGGUACGGGCACCUCGUGUCUUCUCUUUCAUGUUCAUAUAGAUGAAAAAGGAGCAGUGUCAGUAGAUAAGGUACCGUUAGCAUCUUAGCCCGCGUAGCGUUUAGUAGACUAGUUGGAGAUAGAUUGUUGUUCAUUUGUAUUACAUUAGAGUAUUUAGGCUUUGUAUUAACAAAUGUUUUAACGAUCUUAACGGAUGGAACUUAUUUUCAAAGUAAUAUAUUCCAAGUAAAGUUUAGCGCACUUAUUAGGUACCUAGUUGUUCAGAGCCCGUAGUCGGUACAUAUUCGAAAUUGACGCUUACGAAAUGUAUUUAUAAUAAUACUUUAAUGUUUAUAUUCCAUAGAAUAGGGGUUAAUAAGAAGAUAUUACCCUACGUAGGCGAUUUGAACAAUAAAUACAUUUUAAAACAAUAUAGAGCGUUUUUAUGUACAAAAUUUUAUUGAAGAUUGUUGUAAAUUUUUGCGUUUGGUCAAUAUAUUUAUAAACAUAUACCUGUUUUGUUAUGUGUAAUAAUUUAUAACACCAAAUCGUACCUUUUCAUAUUUGUAAUAACUAUAUUUUAUGCAGAAAAUGUAAGCAGUGUGUAGAGAUUUUGUUGAAUAAAUGUCAUGUUUCGGAA